AUGCCUACCAUGGUGUUUUUGUACAGACAGCACUUCAGACAGCAGUAUGCUGUAGUCGGCAAUCUUCCGUUUUGGUAUAGAGUGGGACAGGGAGGGGGUGAUGCUACUGUAGUCGAACGGUGGGACGGACGUGCAGUUCAGUUUUUGGGCACGCAUACGGUGCUGCAGGGAUUUUUAGGUGUACCUCUUCGGGCUCUUGGAUACCUUUUUCUCGUUAGAUGUGUGCGUGUCCUUUAGAUCCUCAGAUGGCUCUAGCACUUUCGUGACCACGGGCUGAGAGUCUUUGCUAUUUUUCGGCAUUUAGCAACUGACAUACGGUUUAAUGUGAAGACAACAACAACAAUAACACCAUUAUAUAUAUCAAACACCUCCUCAAUAGUGCCGGACCGGCACUAAUGAGGGAGAUUCCAAGCCUUAACUCUUAUGAACAGUUCCGGUGCCCGCUAUAGUGCCGAUAUAAUCUCUGGACACAUACCGGCCCUAUAGCGGGCCCAGCACUGCACUGCACUCUAAAUACAUGUUGUUGUUGUUGUUGUUGUUGUUGUUGUUGUUGUUGUUGUCUUCACAUUAAAAACCAUCCCGGUCUCUCUAUCCAGUACCUCCUUCUGUCUCAAUCUCUCCGUACUAAUCCAUCACUUGACUCGGCCAAUUUCCGUGGUCACAGGCUAACGUACCUAGAAAAGGACCGCGUUAGUACGCUGGUAGCGGUAUGCUGUGGUCGUUCGUGUGCGGCAGCUCUCAGGUGCGGCUGUGGCAGUUUGCAGAUGGCUGUGAACUUUGCGUCCGUGCACAUGUUUUGGAUGCAUUUUUGGGACGUCGUGUAUCGAAACCCCCGGUACACGGGUACCCGGAUACCCGGAUACCCGGGUGCCGAAAUACCCGGGUAUGCAUUGGUGGACCCGGAAUCGUCCGGGUAUUCUUCGUACCGGAUGCGCGGUCCGGGCAUCCGGUUUUGACCAAACCGGGUGACAACCCUACCUCCAGGCCUCCGUUGGCCUUCUGCACUACUUCGUCCCAAAUGCACUUUUUCUUCUUUUUCGUCAGCCCCUUCCCAUGCCUUAUCUUGGCCCUUUACUUUGCCCAACUCCCCUCAGACUCCUCACUCAGACUUGCGGGAAAAAUGGGAACGUAUCCAAAAAUGAGAAUGGGCGUUUGUUUUUAGAAAGCAAACCACGCCUUUGCAACUCCCCCCAAAAAAGUUGACAGUUCUGUAGGUCUUUACAGAAGCUUUCGAAUGAGCUGUUGCUCAAGCUGUAUGUCCUCGGCAUCGCCGAGGUAGACAGCAUCGCGAGAAAUCAGGUCGAAACCAGCACGAAUCGCUUUUUGCGCCCGUGAG